CGCUGUAUUCAUUAAGUGGAAUGUGGUUACCAGAUUCAGAGAGAGGUCUUUUUGCUGCAGCUCUUUGCAGUGGAAUGAGUUUUGGCACCGUCAUAGGAAUGACAAUCUCUGGUCUUUUAUGCAAUAGUGGUUUAUUAAACGGAUGGCCAUCUGUAUUCUACGUGUUUGGUUUCACAAACUGCAUCGUCGUAGUUAUUUGGUGCCUCUUUGUCACUGAUUCUCCAGAAUCUCAUCCUCUGAUUACUCAAGAAGAAGUACAGUACAUCUCAUCAAAUCAAGAAGCUGAAAUGACGAAAGAAAUACCAUCAUUUCCUUGGAUGAAAGUGUUUGCAUCAGUACCAUUCUGGGCACUUGUAUUCACGCAAAUUGGCAUGGAGUGGUGUUUUUACAUAUUUAUCAGUGACCUGCCGCAGUUUUUUGCUACGAUUUUGCACUUUGACAUAGAAAAGAAUGGGCUACUUUCGUCACUUCCAUUUUUUCUCAAAGCUAUUGUCUCCACAAUAGUUGGAUGGAUAGCUGAAAUUUUAAUUCGUAAACAACUGUCUACGGUCAAUUUCAUAAGAAAAUUCUGCACACUGUUUCCCUUUCUGUGGGUGUCUGUUGGAUUAUUGGGAGUAUGUCUCGCUGGAUGUGAUACCACCCUCUCUGUACUUUGUUUCAUGUGUUCUAUACCAGCUCUCGGAUUUACAUUUAGUGGCAUAAGUAUCAAUCAUUUGGAUCUAUCACCAGAAUACGCAG